GCAACGACACCACCGCCACCGCCCCCCACCACCACCACACACCACCCACUGGUCAGCUGACACAACAAGCCUUCUACCAGCACCCAGCUGCCAACAACCACAUCCCACGCCAACUGACCCUACGGCUUUCUGCUCCAACGCAAACACCAACAAUACCACCAUCAUCAUCAUCGUCAUCAUCAACACCAGUAACUGAUACAGCAUCAGCAAGUCUAGCAGUAGCAGCAGCAGCAGCAGCAGCAGCGACAUCGCCAGCAUUCACCAACCCCCCACAGUCGCUGUCGAGAGCUGGAGCUGCCUUCAUCCCGUCCUACGCAAGACCGCUCUCCAACCCACAGGCAGCGCAAAACUACAACCUCUCCUGCCGACAGCUUUCGUCUCUCUCCCCAACAUCGCCACAAUCACCGUUAUCCUCAUCACCAUCAUCAUCACCAUCAUCAUCAUCAUCGUCGUCAUCAUCACCACCACCACCAUCAUCUUUCACCUUGCUCGCCCCCGCUCAGUGUUCAACCCUCUACCCAUUACGUCCUUCUCCGAAAACAAACUUUUUCCACGGACAAUCAAUCAAGCAGCAGAGCCCCGCCCACUCUCAGAGCCACGCCCCCUCUCAGAGCCAGAGCCACGCCCCCUCCCCGUGGCCCGCCCACACUGACGUCAUGUCCGCUGACUUCAGCGAGCGGUGCGGAGAGAUGCUCGAGUUGUCUUCUCCUGACACCGCCGGAAGUCAUACCAUCAGCAUGUUCCACGACCUCUCCAUCAUCGAACCAGUCACCACGGUAGUCGCUACCACUACUUGCCACGCGCCGUCCGCCGUUGUCGACGCCAACAACAACAACUACAGCAACAGCAGCAGCAGCAACAACAACAUAAAUAAUGACAAUAAUGAUAACAAUAACAAUAACGUCCUCAAAAACAGCAUCAGUUCUGACGGAAUCAAGAACAACAACAUCACGACUCUGACCACCAGAACUAAUAGCAGCAGCAGCAGCAACAACUUGAGCAGCUUCAACAAUCACAACAGCAGCAGCAACAGCAACAACAGCAUCAGCAGUAGCAACAGCUUCGUCGACCCCGCGGACAACAAUUUCUUGAUGGUUCCCCAGACGGACCUUGACUCUGUGGGCGGCGGCUCGCUGGACUCUGUGUUCACCAUUCACUCCUUCCCGGGGAUGGGGCAGGGGGCGGGGCAAGGGGCGGGGCAAGGGGCGGCGCCCUCCCGCGAGAACGCCGGCCGGCUGCCAUCUUUCCCUUGUGCCUUCUCUCCCUUCCACACGGAGUUGAGCGGGGUGUCCCAGUGUGCUGACAUCAUGAUGGUGGACGAAGAAGAGGAGGAGGAGGAACGAGAGGAGGAGGAGAGGGAGGAAGAGAGGAUGAUGAGGAGGGGGAGGAAGCAGACGGCGUACAGUUGCGGCAUGGGGAUGCAGGAGGAGGUAGAGGAGGAGAGUGUCUCGGCGAAUCUCACGACUCUCAUCAACGUCUCUUUGGAUGAACGGAGCUCUGUGUUCUCGGACAUGUGUGACCCGCUGAUGUACACAGACUGCUGGAUCAAGAACGAGCCGGGCGAGUCCAGCUUCCUCAGCCAGGACGUGGGUGAUACACUCCUGGCACACCUGCAACAGCUCGAUAAUGUCGGCUACAGCACCGACUCUCCGCCUUACGACUCGGGUUCCGAAGAUUAUGAUAGCAGCUAUGAGCCUGGACCCUGCGGCUAUGUGCCCAAUGUGGCCCACAGCGUGGACUACUCGUCCGACAUCUACCACCGAGAGGCAGUUUCACACAGUCAGACGUGGCGAAGACAACCUUCGCCUGCUUCUGAUGAAGGCUUUGUUGAAGAGCUCAGUUUACCGGAAAACCUCCCCAAUUUUGAUAAAAUCCAGAACCUGCCAUCAGAGGGGGAGCAGCAAAACAUGCCAGAGUCGCGGCCGGCCUCCUCAUCUUGCACCAAGGAAAGGAAACGGCAGAGAGAGUCGCCGCCGAUCGCUGACAAGGAGAGGCGGAAGCCGGGACGGAAACCGGGCCAAGUGUCGAACGUGCUUCACCUGUGGGAGUUUAUGAGGGACCUGCUGCACGGCCCGGAGUACAGCGGCAUCAUCGAGUGGAUCUCGAAGAAGGACGGGGUGUUCCGAGUGGUCAACUCCAGCGAGGUGGCCCGCCUCUGGGGGGAGAAGAAGAACAACAAAAAGAAAAUGACGUACGAAAAGCUCAGCCGCUCGCUCAGGUAUUCUCGACUGGAGGGCUACUUCUCUAACCUGCCCAAGGACAAAAACUACCCGAAAAAGCUGUGCUUCAAGUUUGGACCCAAAUCUCGCGACUGGCACUAAACUUGAGGGAAGGAGUUUGAACAUGUUUAGGUUGGAGGAAAGAGAAAAGUUGGAUCAGUUGGAUUUUACUUAUGUGCUUCACAGUUGUUAUAUUGCUUAUGCAACAAUAGAGAAGAGAAAUCUCAACAGGGCGUUUCAGUGAACAGUCGGUGCAGAUGCUGACAGAAAAUCACGAGGGAUUCAUAAUUUCUUCUUCAAUUGCCUUAGAGAGGACACACAAUUCUUCUACCCUUUUAAAAGAUAUGGGCGCGUAGUUUGGUCUUGAGAUUGUGAGAAAAAGUCGUUUUUUGUACAAA